AUGGUGGUAAUAGACAACUUGUCAAAAUCAGACAUCCAGCUUCUGAGCUUAAUAUCUUCAACCUACAAGCUCUUCAGCCUUGCGCCAGUUUCUGUGCUAGAGUAUCCAACCUACCGGAAUCACAAGAAAGAAAUUGCCAUAGAAUUUACUUCAACUUCCUCAGCACUGUUCAUAAACUCUCUCGGGCUGCUAAUCUUGCUGCCCCUUGAAGUAUUCUACCUCUACGGAAAAUUUAUCGAAGACUUGGAAGAAGAAUCGCACUUGCGGCACCACUUCGACAUCUUCUUCCGGAUCAACGUGAUCGUCAUCCAGGUCUUCUUGAUUUUAAUCUUCAGCAUCAAGCGCCGAGAAAUAACAGCGAUUUUAAACAGCGUGCUGUCUUUUGAAAGCGAGCUGGUGAGGAAUUUAAGGGACCUGGACCAGCUGCACACUGGCCAGCACCAUCAACUAGCAAUUUUCACAGCUUAUUUCCUAAUCAGCUCGGUGCUGCUGUUCAACAAGCUGAUGGUCCAAGACACUCUUCAAGCUGUUGCAAACGUACUUCCAAAAUUCGCUAUCAGAAACUUGAUGAUCCAGUACUCGAUUUUGUUGAUCUUCAUCAAGAAGAAGUACUUCAGCUUGAACGAGUCGCUUCUUGUAUUAACCAACCGCAGCGGACAAAUGUGCUAUCCUUUUAUUUCAAUUUUUGAUCCUCCGUCGGAGGAAACUGUUUUAGAUUUUGUGAUCUUUAUUAGAAAGUCUUACUCCAACUUGAGCGAAAUUAGCAACAGUAUAGCACAAUUCUACUCUAUUCCUAUGUUGGUUUCUUUAGUGUACUACUUCUUGGGCGCUGUUUAUGUUGGGUACCUCUUUGUGUCUUCUAUUGGAGAUUAUUUAGGUGAUAAAACUGGAGGGAAGAUUCCUGAUUGCAUUGAUCAUGGGCUGCUUUUUAUAAUGUGCAUUUAUCCUACUAUUGUUCUGGCUAAUUCUGUGACGGCUGUUUUAGAAGAGGUGAUGUACGUCAAACACACCGGAAUAUCCUACGAGGUAAGUUUGUUUUUCCAAAUUUUUCACUCAACAAAAUUUUAUAACCCCAAUCAAUUCCAGCUGGAACAAUUUUCCAUGGAACUAUUUCACCAAAACGUCUCCUUCACCGCCUUUGAAAUGGUUCCUUUGGACAAUAGUCGGCUUACUUCCGUAAGUGUUCAGUAUGAUGCUCACCUAUAUAAUUAUCCUGCUCCAAACAGAUAA